GCCAUAUGACUGAGUAAACAUUGGAAUUGGAGGUCAUGCGGACCUGAAUCAGCGUCCGACGAUGACCUGCUGCCAAUGUGCCACUUGAGAUGGACAUCCAAAAAUUCUCCAUCGCCGAGUUCAAGAGACCCCUGACCAUCGUCAAGGAUGCGAAAAGCAUCGGAUUUUCGUUCAACCUCGACCUCAUCGCUGUGUUGAGCAAGGGAAAUGAAGGACUCGUCAUUCCGAUUUUUCAAACAAACAGCCAGUUCAGAUGCGGCGAUUUUAUCUGGAAAUCGGCUAAAAAACUUUGCAGCCUGAAGUUUUCAGAAGACAGUGAAGAAUUAGCAACUGUCACAAAGGAUGGGGAAAUUACAAUCUUUGGAUUUCGCCAAGGCAGAAAGAUUUGUCCAUUGACAACAAAAAAUUUGAGACAGCCCAAUUUUUUAGAUAUCCCUGGUGAUAGGAGAAGCUUCGAGCCACAAAUUUUGAGGUUCACAAAGCAUCAAGUGAUAUUAGUCUGUCGUACUGGCUACAUUCUGUCUCUAGAGUGGAAUGAAAAUGGCAUUUGGGUAAAAGACUUUGCGAUCAGCACAGCCAAAAAAUUCAUUGAUGCUAAAAUUUGUGAUGGACAAAUUUACCUACUUUCGGAACUUGGCACACUUGACAUCUUUGAUGUUAAUACUGGUGUAGAAAAACAUCUUGACAUCAAAAUCGCCCAGUACCUAAAUGAGGCCACUGGUACUGUCGUGGAAAGAUUUUUUACAAAGCUGGCAGUCUCCACGCAGAGCAUUGCCGUGACUGAUCUAAAUCACCAGAUAUACAUAAUUGAUCUACAGGACUUAGUGGCCAAAGUCACUUUAGAAUCAAGAAUUGCAACUCAAGUCCAAACUCUUUCCGCAAGUGCCGGACAAGUUUCCAGUAACCAGAGAUUUCAGUUCAAGGGGUCUGAGAGUUAUCCCCUAAAAAUUCAGCACCAGAGCUUUCCAGACAGAAAGUCGUUAAAUCUAAGUUCUUCGUUUCACUCUUCAAGCUUAGAGGACGCGAUCGAACUGCCCUUGGAGUACACACAGGUCACAGCUCUUGAAGGAUGCUGCGUUCAGGACUUGAAUUUCUGUUCCGCUGGCCUCACAGUUUGGUACACACAGCAGGACGAUGGAGGUCUUUUCCGCCUCUACAAUCUCAACACCGGUGCUUGCUUGGACGAGGAGUUUCUCUCCGACCACACAAAAGCUCUGCUCUCCGGUUUCAUGGGAUGUGCUGACGCUUUCAUUUCUCCAGGGAAGAUCAGACUGCACAGCUGCGACGUUUCGAAGAGAAACUUGGCAACUAUGAUAAUCCAGCGAGUAGGAGUUCUUGGCAUGAUGAGUGUCCUUCAGGGUGAAGGAUGGAAGGACAUACAUGUAGCACUUCCAGUGAUUUCCGAAGGGUUGAACAAUAGACAAAUUGACUCCAUAAAAUUUUCACUUAAUAUCCACAACCAUGGUUUUUUUAAAUCUGUCUCAAGUUUAACAAAAUCAAGCAAUGUUGAAGACUUGAUUGGUAACCUGGAUCAGAUCUUUCAGUCCUUGUUGACCAGUGUGGAAGACAACGUCUCCAGCCUAGACUAUGCUGAACACCUGGUUACGCUAAGUCUCAACCACUUCUAUGAUCUUCUCGGCAGCAUUUACAAAAUAAUCGACUCUAAGCCGGAAAAUUCCACCCCUUUGCUGCAGCUGGAGCAGAAAAUCCUGAAGAGCAUCACCACGUUCCGCUCCUAUUUGUAUCACACUCCGAAAUUUGCUGCCAAAGUUGAGAGCGACUCUGAUUUGCCCAAAGAACUGCAAGGAAUUAGCCAGCCAAUGAAAGACCUAUGGAAAAGCUGGUUUGUGAUGAGUGAAACAGAAAUUGUAAAGCACUCGAUAGAAAAAAAUUGCAUUCCCAUGGCACACACUUAUUUUGUGGUUGCCAAACGAGCCCUGCAGAAAAAUGUUGACAGACAGUUUGAAGCCAUAGCCAAUGAUUGGAUUUUGGAACUUUUAAGGUUGGGAGAGUUGACUCAAGCCCAGAAGGUCAUGACAAAUUUGGGGAAAAUUCCUUUGGAUGAAAUGAAGUCGAUUUAUCUGCGGACUCUGGAAGAAAAAUUGCAAGAUUUUCUGUUUGGCCACCUUUCCAAUCAGAACAUGCUUACAGAAGAUGAAAGACACGCUGGUUUGUUUUUGAGGCAGGUCAAACAUGCUUUGCACAAGAAUUUCAAGCCAAGUGAAUUGACAAAGACCGAUUAUUUGCGGCUUACAGUCGGAUACAUAACUAGCCAGCCUAUUCUGUGGCGCGACACAAUUUGGGCCGAGUUGGCUUUUGCCUUUCAAGUUUCAGAGCUUAUGAUGCAAGUUGAACCUGUGGCAGCUUGGAACUACCUGUUGAUCAUCAACAGGCCAGAUCUGCUAAAAAUUUGGAUAGAUCUGAGGCUUAAAAGUUCCUCAGCUGCUGAUAUUUCAAGACAAAUCCGUCUUAUUUUGAACUGCGAAGAAGAGUUUGCGGACAAAGUGUUGUACAUAUUUAAAAUUUGGGAUAUUUCUACGGAAAUGGUUGAAAGGGUCACAACUGCUGAUUGUCUCAAAUCAACCAAAGAUGCGGUUCUGGACCAUUUUAGCCGCCAAGGAAUUUUCUGUUCUGUCGACAAAGCCUCCAUAAGUUCAAUCUUAAUAAGGUUUGUCCGAACAAAAAAUUUACCCAAUGUAAAAAGCGCUCUUGAAUCUCCAACUGCAGUUAUCUGUUGGAAUGACUUUUCAAAAAUGCUGCUGAAAUUCUGCGCAAAACAUAAACUUGCACCAGUGCUUUUCUCUCUUCUGGCCGACAACGAGAACUUGCAAGAGAUGGUCGAACAAUGUGAAGUGUCGGAAAGUGCGCAAGUCUGGCUGAGAGCUUGGUUUUCAUUGGUUCAAUUCUCAAAAGACCCGUCAACAGACCACUUUUUAGAUGCUAUCAAGUCCAAUGUCAGUCUCCUUGCGGAUGAUCAAGUUGAAGCCUAUUUGGAACAACAACCCUUCAUUGUUUUGGCGCUUAUUUUGUUGGAGAACAAAGAAAACUUCAACCAAAUUUUGGCUGAAGAUGCAUUUGAUGGGCUCAAAAAGCCUUUGAAUCAAAAGCUGAUUGAAUCUGUUAAGAGGAGCUUUCCAGUUUUUGAAAUGAUACUCACAGAGGAAGCGUGGGACAAAAGUCAGAAACCUGACGUAUCUAUGUACGAAAUGCUGGAAAGAGGAUCUGUUUUUGACGUACCAAAACUUUUUGGUUGGCAGGAGAAUCACAAGAAUUCUAUUGACGAAACUACUUUGAAGAUGCCAAACUUUUCUAAAGGUAGUCUAUACGAGAAGUACGCCAACAACCAGUUUAUCAACUAUGAAUAUUACCUGAAGCAAGGCCGCCCCUCAUAUGCAUACUGCUCUUUUAUAGUAGAUGAAUUGAAGUUGUUCAAGAAACUCAGUAAAAAAAGAAUUAAACAAGCUUGCAAUGUGGCCCAUGGGAUUGCCCUGAGCAGAUUUUCAAACCAGAGCAUUGUGGCUGCUUGCGUCAGUUUCAUAGAAAUGCUGGGCUUGAAAUCUGAGAAAUCGAGGCUACACAUUUCAACCGGUUUAUUAAUUUUGAAAAAUAUUCCGUCACCUGCAACGAAAGACUCCAUAAGUGAAUUGCUAAACAGUCUGCUGUCGAACAGGGAGGAGGCUGCACCAAAAUUGUUAGCCAUUUUGGAACAAUCUCUCAUACCAAAUGACCUGAAUCAAAUCAACACUUUCUUGCCAAUUCAAAAUUGGGCUGUCGCCGUUCGGCUCUCAAAAGUGCACAGCCUUCCAAUGCCUGAAUCUCUUCUGAAAUUUUAUUGCGAAAAUGAUAUGUGGCUCCACUUUGUUAUUUGCCUUGAGUUGUACCAGUACACAACUGAGCAGGCUUUCCAUCUAGUGGAGUUUGUGCGCUCAAAAAGCAUGAAGGACCACCUAAAGCAUUCCUUCCUCCGUACCUCUCAAAAUCCAACAAAGAAACUUUCGUCACCUUUUAAAUCCAGAGACACAAGGAAAUCUCUUUACUCUAGAAUUGGACUAACUGAGAAAGUUGUGAAGUGUUCUCCAACAACUGAUGGCUCUCCAGAUGGGGCAUCUCUUUUGGCAAUAAGUUGGAGCAGUGAAUCUUCACUGCAGAACGAGCUCACUGCUAGCUCCUUUACCUCUCACCUGAUGGAAGGAGAUCUCUUCCGCUGCAUUUUAGGUUGCCACUCAUCUAUAGACCCUUCAAGAGCUAUGCUAGAGGCUUGUCUGGCCCAUAACAACCCGUUCUUAGCUGUAUUGGCAUCUUGCUACGAAAAUUGCUCGUUUGUUGAUUGUCUGGGAACUUGGAUAGUGUCUUCAGUCUCCAGGAGUGCGAGGGAAAAAAUUGAGAAAGAAAUUGGCGGAAAUUUGUUCAUUUGGAACGAAAUGAACAUUCCGACGCUCUGGUUGAUUGCACUGAGGACUCAUCAUAUUGCUACUGUUUCUAUAAGUUUAGAUGUGUUUUUACCGGAGUGCCCCCUGAGAACUUUGUUGAGGUUUAUUAAAAAUGGCGCAGUGGACAAGAGCUUUGAUGAGGCAACAGAUCUGAUUCAGACUUUUAAGUCGCAAUGCCAGAGUCUUCCAGUGGCAGUGACUUCAGACGGCACUAAAGCAUUUUUGAUGCAGCGAACUUGGAUUUACAAAACAGCCGUUCAAAUCGUUUGCACAGCCCUGGCAAAUACUUUUUCGUCAUCAUUCCAUCAGUUUAAAUUUCUUCAGGUGCUUUGCAAGAGUGCAUUCUCUGAGUACAUAACAGUUGAGUGUCCAGACUUUACACACUUGCUCCAACUGCAAGAGUGCUUGUUGGAAACUGGCGUUACUUUGGACUACACUGCUCUCUGUGUAUCUCGUAGAGGUUCAGACAGUGAGCUAGAGGCUUGUUUACAGAGAUUGGUAGAAGGAGGUUUCUUCAAGCAAGCCUUGGAAAUGGCUCGCAUUGCUGGUCUUCCAAGGGAAUCUGUUGUGAUAGCUCAGUGGACUAGAGUCAUAAACGCGCUAGGGGAUACGGAAGGAAAUGAAAGUUUUUGGAAGGAGUGUCAGGUUGCGUUUGUUGAAUCAAAAAUUCAGCCCUUAGUAGCUGCUGAGUUUUUUCACGAGCAUGCAGAAACCAGGACAAGUGUUUUAGAAAAGUACCAAGUGCUGCAGUUGGCCCAUAGUUGGUACAGUCUGUCAAAGCAAAUGAGUGUGAGGAAAAGACAGGACUGCUACAUAACCAAAGCUAUUGAAGUCAAGCUAGAAAUGUGGCGCACAAGACUGAAGAUUGGAAAGAACUGUGAUAUUGAUGCACCUCUUACACCAAAAUUAUUUACCCAAACAAGGAAAGAGCUCUUUUCCGAGGCAGGCAUAGGCUACAUCGACUUUGAGACAAAGCUAGAGAAUGAUAAUGAAGCUAAAGCACUAGAUGAAGUGAUAGGAGAACUUUUGGAUCAAGGAAGAGUAGCUUCUGCUAUGCGACUUGAGGCGUUGUUUUGCCACAAAAACAGAGAUUUACGGCUACUCGUUACAUGCCUAAGUUUAGCUGAGAGUGAAAUCAUGCCUUACCAGCUCAGCUCAGAGCAACGACUUCUCAUGGAGCAGUCAUACACCCCAUCCAGCAGCUUCCGAAAAAGGCCCCUAUAUUCCCUCAAAAUAUCUUCUUUGGCUUCAAAUUCUCUCAACAGCCCUGGUCACAGCACCAGUCUCAGUUCUGACUUUGUAGAACUUCCUCCUAAAGAGCAGCAGGAAGCUCUUGCAGCAAUCGAAAAGCUCUCCGACAGAUUACUUCAUGGUAAAAUUAUUGGAGAACGUAUUGCUGCUUGCUUCAGGGUAGCAAUGAACAUGGACAAAUCUUACAUUGAUAUUAUCACAAUGGAAAAUCCUCUUAGUGUGUUGAAAGCAGCAAUUUCUAAAGAUUGCUUGAGCAAAUUUGCUGUUGCCUCUGAUUUAUCUUUGGCUGGCCAAAUCAGCAAAGAAGACAUGACUGCAUUCCUUCGAGAUGAAAUUUUAGCUGCUGUUUCAAAGAACCAAGUUCAAGGUGGACUCUUUUGGGGUUAUGACUUGGACAGCAGCUUUCAUCUUGUGCUGGAGCUGUGCCAGGACCCAGUCCUCUUAGGGCUGAAUCUUUUGGAAUUAACACGACCUCUGCAUUUAUCGGCAACUCCAGAUAAUAUCAAAAAAGUCCAUGGUGUAAUAGUUGAGUUGCUGAUCCGCUCUCACGAUUGCUACACGGCUGCAUGUGACAUGGAGGGCAUUGCAGAAGUUCUUCUUCGGGCCAGAGCACUGACGUCAAACCUUCUUCAACAGCAAGAGUGGCAAUUAAUGGUUCGACUUGUAACUGGUAUUGGCAGAUACAACGAAAUGGCUUACAUUUUUAAAAUCCUCAAAGAUCAUGAGCAGUUUGAGUAUCUUUUAGGGAAAGGAAUGGACAAGGUUCCUGGAUUAAAAAUCGCCCUGUUAGAAUUCGUUCGCAGCAAAUGUGCCGAAAAUCGAGAUUUGUUGCAACUUGUCGCACUGCACUUCCGUCUCUACUCUGAGGUUGCAGAGAUUUGGGAGGCCGAAGCAAAGAACACAAUCGGCAGACUGCUUAGCAUCACUGUCAUUGAGCUAGGGAUCGCCAUUUCUGCCACUAAAUAUAAACCAAAGCCCAAGCAGCCGACCCCGGAAGUGCUCAAAGCAAGCACAGACCUAGGUCAUCAACUCAAGCUUGCCAUGCAAAACUACACACACGCUGCCGAAUGCUAUCUGCAGGCUAAUAAACUGACUAAAGCAAUGGAUUCGGCCAGUCAGGCAGAAUUAAUUGCUUUGCAGAUUUCAUUAACCAUUGGAGUGCCAAACGGGCAAACUUUAGACUGUCUUUUGGGACAAGAGCAAGCCCAAGUAUCGAUCCUUAUUACAAAUCGUCUGAGUUUUCCUCAGGCUAUCAUUGUGGCUAAGGCUUAUAACCAUCCAGUAGAUUGGGGUGCAGCACUUUAUCACCACUGCGUGUUGCAAAACGAGCAAAAGUAUCUGACAGAUUUCAAGCAAGGAAUGAACCUAACGCCUGCUCUCGUCGAGGAUAUUUCAAGAAGAUUCCAGCACGAAUCUAGUUUGAAUUCUGAUAUGGCAAAAAUGAUGAAGCAAAUCGUCAAUAACGUUAAGUCCGUCGAGGUGAAAUAUAGAGUAGCUAGUCAACUAGGCUUUAAAGAUAUUUUGGAAAAUAUGCUGUCAAGUGCCGACUUGCCUUAUCUAAAGGAUACUGUUUGGAGAAGAGGCAUGAAACACUACUGAACUUCUAUUUCUGUAUGAUAUAAUUAUUUUGUUAAAUGCGAAAAUUGAAGCUAUAUAUAUAAAUAUUAUAUUCUCAUAACAUAAAACUUAUCACAUUUUUUUUAAACGAGUGGAAAUUUAAAAUUUACACGAGAGAAAAUCAGAAUUUAGCAUUAAAUGCAAAAUUAGAUUCCACGUUAGACA